AUGGCAAAGGCGGCUAUCAUCCUCGUGUCGACACUGUCGGGAACGGAAGUUUGCCCGCAGAAAGGAACGUCUACAACAAAGGUUUCUCCCGGUUUUACUCUUUGGACUCUUACAUUUUGUCUCGUUGUCACCAUAUCUAUGUGGCAGGAAAGAAGAGCUCUCGUAGCUGCUGGAGUUGGCGCAUUUGUGCUUGUUUACUGUAUAAUAAAACAUUACAAGAACAAAGCUAAGAACAACGUGAUACCUAUUGGAGUUGUGAAAGAGCUAUACGUGUAUCCAAUAAAGUCAUGCAAAGGAAUCAGUGUAUUUUCAAUUUUUUGCCAUCCCCUUGGUCCCGUAUCUGGGGAGAACUUUGAUCGCUUCUUCAUCGUCAUUGAUGGCAAAACUGGGCGGUUUUAUACAGCUCGACGAAGCCUGUGAUGGUAACAAUCGAAUGUAACGUCAACGACAAUAAACUUACUGUGAAAACCAAAGAAGGCAACACUGUUGUCGUUGACAUCGAAAGCGUCCGCCAGAAAAACCUCGUAAACUCAGCAUUGUGAGUGAAUGGAAUUAGCUAAUUUUUUCUCAGAUAAUAUGACUUUUGUGGCUAAGAAAAAUAUACGUAAAUCCCAUGGUUGAUGGUAGAAUUGAUUAGAUGUUGAAAAAAAUCAUAGGACUACAAAGGUAGUAGGUCUUCAUUCCGCCUGUCUUCAUUCUCACUCAAACAAAUGAUUUGGUAAGCCC